CAUCCUAUUUGACCAUCCCUAAUUCCGCAGCUUAUUUAUUAACAAUGUCCAAAAUAUUUACGCCCACAAAUCAAAUACGCCUUACAAAUGUCGCGAUUGUGAGGCUAAAAAAAGGAGGCAAGCGUUUCGAGAUCGCCUGCUAUAAAAAUAAGGUCCUGUCCUGGAGGAGCAACAGCGAAAAGGACAUUGAUGAAGUGCUGCAAACCCACACAGUGUUCACCAAUGUGUCCAAAGGACAGGCGGCCAAGAAGGACGAGCUGCAGAAGGCCUUUAAUAAAACGGAUGAGACGGAGAUUUGCAAGGAGAUCCUGAGCAAGGGAGAACUCCAGGUGUCGGAGAAGGAGCGCCAAAGUUGCCUGGACACCCAGCUGAACAGUAUAGUCAACUCCGUGGCUGCCUUGUGCGUAAAUCCCGAGACCCGUCGUCCAUAUCCCGCCUCCAUCAUUGAGAAAUCCCUGAAGGAUGCCCACUUCUCGGUGAAGAUGAACAGGAACACCAAGCAGAACACUCUGGAGGCCAUCAAGAUGCUCAAGGAGCACAUGCCCAUCGAGAGAUCGCGCAUGAAGCUGCGGGUCAGCUUUGCCGGCAAGGAGGGCGGUGGCAAGCUCAAGGAAUCGGUGGUCAAGUUGGCCAACGCCGUGGAGCACGAGGAAUGGGAAGAGGCCACCCUGCACCUCACACUGCUGAUAGAUCCUGGCCAGUAUCGCGUCAUCGAUGAGCUGGUGCGGAACGAGACGAAGGGCAAGGGACUUCUGGAGCUGCUCGAACUCAAGGAAGUGGUCGAGAACGAGGAAGUCUUCUAGGAAAGGCAGUCGCCUUAAAAAUCAUCUGUUUUCCCCGUACCUUUGUUGAUAUUUAUGUGAAACAUAAAAAAGAAAAUGUGGAAAUUAUAGCAAUCCAUGUCUCUCGAAAAACA